CCCAACCCCGCCGCGGGAAGGCGCGGAACGCCUUGAGUCUGGCGCCUUAGACCACUCGGCCAUCCUGACACUGCGUGUGCAGCUCUGCCCGGGAAAGACUUAGCACUGUCGUCACGGCCGUACCCACUGCCCCGUACUUUUGCUCUCUCACGGAGAGCCCGUUUGUACCCGAGAGCUGCGGGAGCGCAGCCAAGCAAGCACCAGCUCGACCCAGCCCGGCCCGGCCGCGGAGCUCCGCCGCAGCGAGGAGGAGCCCGGCGUUACCCACAGGCCCCCGCCGUGCCGCCACUUCCGCCGCGACCAUUUUGUUCUUCACCGGCGUCAAGGGUACCCGCUGGGCUCUCAUCAUGUUCCCGCUGGCCAGGGCCGCGCAGAGCCUCGUCGCUCGUGGCAUCCAGCACACUGCAGUCAGACAAGCUCAUCGCAAGCACGAGCCGACCUUCCACGAUAAAUAUGGAACCAUGGUCCUGCUUGGUGGAGCUGCCAUGUUCUCUGCUGUCUGGGGCUAUGUGUUCACACAGCUUAAUAUUGAGUGGGGCUUUUCACCUGUUGGCAGAAUCACUCCAAGGGAAUGGAGGGAGUAACAGCCUCUGCUUCUAAUGAACUGCUGUAGACUUUCGCUGAGAAAAUGGUCGUGUAAUUGCAUUUGUUCCCUGAUUACCACUUGGACAGUGGCAUUCCUGGUCGAAUAAACAUGCCUAGAAACCUG